GUAGGAUCCAAAAAUACACUAAAAUGGAAAAGUCGUAUAAGAUGUGUUGCUUCAAAAAUAACGUCAUUUUAUGUGCUAAUAUGGGGAUGAGUACAAUAUUCCGUUGUAUAUGAUGGGCGCUUCAACACCACCACCAUUCUAUGUGCUAAUUUGAAGAUGGCUACAAUAUUGCGUCAUAUAUAGAGUGACCCUUGCCGGUGCUAUUCAUGUUAACAGUACAAUGGAAAAUACCCGCUCCCCGUUAAUCCAGGCUAUGAACCUGUGUAACCAGGCUCUCUUCCAUGCACAUGCGGUCGUUCAGAUCGCCCUCUGAUUGCUCGCCUGGGUUUGGGUCCUCCGGCCAUGGUUCCUGUCUGCGGAUAUUAUGCUCGUCCUCCUCCAUGAGAGCAUCCGCAUCCGAUCCCACAAGGUUAUUAGGCUGAGGGUUUAUUUGUUGGGUCCCUUGGAUCCUGUCAUCUGGUACCACGAGUGCCCGGUGUUUGUUCGGAUUCAGACCAGCACUAACUCGAACUUGCCCUGCUUGACCCGGAGAGAGCCUUGGGGCAAUGGGCCCGUUACAACCUUUUGGUAGCUCAUCAAUUUUGCCCGACCCAACCGUAUGAUUAUGGGUCACCGCCUUCCCUUUAUCUGCAUUCUGCUUCUGGCCACUCGAUGUAUCAAGAUCGCUCGCUACGCUCCGUUGAGCUCUUCUGGUGUGAUUAUUGUUUUGCCUUUUUUCCCCAGCCCGACACCACACGCCAAUCCCUUCCGUCCGUCACUCCAGAGCUUCGAUUUGGUAGAGAGACUGCCUCCUUUUUUUUGCCGGGUAAGAAGCCCCAAACUCAAACAUGUGAUUCGAAUCCCUCGUCUCCUCUCGUUCCAGCAGAUCAAAACGGGUCCCCCGUCCCAUGAUAGGGGACGUUGCUUUAUCGCUUUGCACCUUGUCCGCCCCUAUAUCACGUCUGGUGUAUGGCUUACGUUGGCGCUGAGGGACUUGGAUCCAUGGGCCAUACCGUUGGUUACCGUCACUGCAACCCGUCGUUUCCUGUGCUCCUGAGUCAAUGUCUCCAUCAUGCGUUGUCUUGGUGGAAGAAUCUGAGUGGGUGCCUUUAGGAUCAGUGCGCUCAGGGGGUUGUGAAUUGAAUAGACAAGAGUUUCCCGAGUGACCAAUUCUCCCACACUAGGAGCAAAUAAUGGGUAAGCUCUCGUACACCACCCUCUGGUAUCUGCCGUUAAUGGUAAAUUCCACACGAAGUGGUUUCGUGAGGUCCACCAUCACAACGAGUCUAGCAUAUCUACCACGGGUCAGAGCUGCAGUCUGUUGAUCGAUUUUAACCACCUUGCCAACAACCUGGCCAAUUUUACGAAAGAUCUUCGGAUGAUACAGAUGGGCGGGCAUACUGGGUAGACGAAUCCAAGCCACCGUUGUCUUUAGUUCCUCCUCAGUCGCGUCAAAUUCAAGAGUCCACGGUUGUACAUGCAUAUAGCUGUUUCCUACUACAUAUGGCCCACCAGUGAGGACUUGUACUGUGUCAACGUGAUUUCGAAGGUGGAUUACAUAGAAGCCGUUCUCUAAAUCCAUCAUAUUGCAACCGGCCAUGAAAGGCCACAUCUUGGUGAGUCGAUUAUAGAGUGAUGGCAUAGUGAGCGACUCAUCAAAAGGUUUCACGAUUACCGCAUUCUUCCAGUCUUUGUUAAUUUCAUCAAAGAACCGCUUAGCAAUUGAAAUUUCGGGCAUUGAUUGAGAGAGGUCGACGGUCACGUCCUCGUCACCCUCCGUAGCCUUACCUUUAUCAUCGGGAUCCAUUUCCACAUGUUGUCUGUGCUUAUUGACCAUGUCCUUAAAGGUCCAUUUUCGUGGCGGCGGCUCCUGGGCAGAAUCCGGUGGCUGUUGUUGAACCGACGGGCUCGGUUUGUCUAAUGGGUCUCCAACUCGCUUGAGAGUCUUUGGGCGCUUGCUAGCUGACUGAGUGAGGCGAUCCAGAGCCGCAAAUUCGGUGUCGUGGCUAGAAAUCCGAGAAGCAUCUCCCGGAUCAAAGGUCUCCGAUCCAUCGUUGAGUGCCGUGAGGGGGUUGCGAGUGUUAUCAGUCAUUAGGUUUUGCUUCCUGUACGGAAUAUGAACAGUCACACACGAGGAGGGUUUGGGCGUGGCCAUUGGCAGAAUGGUAGAGGACAGAGGCAGAGCUACGGUUAUGGUCAGAUGUUCUAUAAUGCUCCUCGUGAUGAACGUUUUGUGUCUGAAUUUAAAUUCUCUAAAAGUGAAGAAGCAUUAGCCAGAAAAUCCAUUGAUUUUCAGGAGCCUUACGAACUUGCUUGCUUCAGUCGAGUAGAAGGUGGGGAUGUCUACUUUGACGAUCGCAAUAUUGGUGCUGACUUGAAUGAGGGUUUUGAUACUUUCAUUGCAAAGAAAGACCUAGGCUCUCAAGGAUUUGGUGACCUCCUUGCUACAAUAAGAAAUAAAAAUAUUGCUCUUGAAAACAUGCAUUUUGUGACUUACCGUAACAACUUAAACAAGAUUCUGGCCACUGCUUAUAUCAGGAACGAGCCUUGGGAAAUGGGCGUGCAUAAAAGGAAUGGAGUAGUGUAUCUCGAUGUGCAUAAAUUGCCUGAAAGGCCACAAACUGAAUUAGAUCGUCGAAUGUGUUAUUGGGGCUACUGUUUUGAGUCACUUGCGACAGAAAAUCCAAAAAGGGUUGAUGAAGAAGGAAUACAUCAUGUUGAUACAAAUGUUGAGUUCUGCUCUGUGAUUAUGACGAAAUUAGGAGCUCACAAAAUACUCAUGGGUGCCGAAAUGGAUUGCUGUGAUUCGACUGAUGAGGGAAGGAGAUUCUAUGUGGAAUUAAAGACAAGUCGUGAGUUAAAUUAUCACACUGUAAAAAGAUACGAAAGGGUGAAAUUGCUCAAGUUCUGGAUACAAUCAUUCCUUGCCGGUGUUCCUUAUAUUGUUAUUGGGUACAGGGAUGACAAUGGCCUACUCGUGCGUACAGAAAGACUUGAAACCAAAGAUAUACCACAUAGAGUAAAGAUGAAAAAUUAUUGGCAGGAAGGAGUGUGCUUAGCUUUUGCUGAUGAGGUCUUGUGCUGGCUUUACGGGAUUGUAAAAGAGAAUGAAGACUAUAUAUUGAAGUUUUCGCCACCUUUCAAUCGAUUAGAGCUUCUUCAAGCUCAAUCUUGUCCUGAUAUGAUCAUGGCGCAUGUCGAAAAAUUAUAACCCAUUCAUUCACCAUGAAUUUUUCGUUGCAAGAUUGAGAGCAUAGCAUAACUGGACAUUUUUUAGGCAUUUUCAACAUUGGAUUGGUUACAAGAUUUUGAAGAUAUAACUGUUGUGUGAUCUUUGAUAUUGUAUGUUUUGGUUUGAGGCACUAAAAUCUUUUUGCUUGUCCUAAAAACAAAUGUAAGUCUCACUUUCGUGCAUUUUAAUGUUAAAAAUUGAAUGUUGGGUUGCUUGUUGACUUUUAUAUCCUCUUCACGAUGGGCAUGCCACUGUCGUUGACUUCCUUAAGCUAAG